AUGAGCUCUCCAUUCUCCAUCAAUGGCGGUGCCUGCGUAGCCAUGGUAGGCAAAGACUGUGUCGCCAUAGCCUGCGAUCUCCGUCUCGGUCUCCAAGCCCUAACCGUCUCCAACAACUUUCCCAAAAUUUUCUCCUACGGCCCCUCCGUCUAUCUCGGUCUUACCGGUCUCGCCACAGAUGUGUCCACCGUCUCAGAUCUCUUCCGCUACAAAGUAAACAUGUAUCGACUCCGCGAAGAGCGCAAUAUUUCUCCCACCACCAUGGCGAAUCUCGUCUCGAGUUCGCUGUAUGAACGUCGCUUUGGUCCGUUUUUCGUUAGUCCUGUGGUUGCGGGAUUGGAUCAGAAGACUGGAAAGCCAUUCAUUUGUGGUUUUGAUAGUAUUGGUUGUAUUGAUUUCGCAAAGGAUUUCAUUGUUAGUGGAACUGCAAGUGAUCAAUUGUUUGGUACUUGUGAAGGAUUGUGGGAACCAGAUUUGGGACCAGAAGAUCUCUUCGAGACAAUAUCACAAGCACUCUUGAACGCAGUUGACAGAGAUGCCUUGUCAGGUUGGGGAGCCCAUGUUUACAUUAUUGAGAAGGAUAAGGUUACCAAGAGGUUAUUGAAGGGCAGACAAGAUUAA